UAGCAUAAAGAGCAACAAUCUUGAUCAACUGCGAAGCUUGGCUGAUCUAGUAGUCUACCUCUACCUUUUGUAACACAUAACAAACGCCUUUUACCUUAACUGAGAGAAAGAUCGAAUUGAGGAGUUUUCUGAAUCUUAAUCAAAGUUGUACAAUGUCAAGAAAAACCUCAGUUAAUCUGCAACAACAAUCCGUACCAGUUGAGGGAGAGUCAUAUGCGCGAAGAAGUGCAAACUCCAAAGAGCUAAUCUCAGUAUACUACGAUGACGUCACAACCGUAUACGAAGCUUUUCUCCGAGGGAAAAGAAUCUCGGGAGAUUCGCCAUGCUUGGGUAACAUGGAUCCUAGUAUCAAGGCUUAUGCAUGGCAGGGCUAUAACGAGAUACAUCGACGAUCUACUAACUUUGGCUCUGGUCUAGUCUGCAAAGGAUGCGUGCCAUCACAAGAAACUUUCAUUGGGAUUUACGCACAAAACUGUACGGAGUGGGUUUUGACUGACUUAGGCUGUCAAAUGUAUUCCAUGAUCACCGUCCCGAUAUACGAUACUCAUGGUCCCGAGGCCUGUGUUCAUAUCAUUAACCAUGCGGAUAUCAAAGCUGUGAUCUGCCAAGCCAUCAAAGUCCCUUUUCUACUGCAAAAUCUAAAGAAAUGUCCUAAACUUAAAAUCAUUAUCAAGAUAGGACAUGACGUCACAGAGGAUGAACAACGAGAUGCAAAGGACCUUGGUAUCGAAAUCAUAUCGUUUGCAGAUAUUGAGAAACUUGGGGAAAAUAACUUUACUGAUAGAAAUCCGCAAAAACCUGACGAUAUCUUCACAAUAUGUUACACUAGCGGAACUACAGGGACUCCAAAAGGAGCCAUGAUAACCAACAAAGGCAUCAUUGCCUCUUUUUCUGCUGUUUUGUACAGUUAUGAAGUGUGUGGAAUACUUUCAACCACCGAGGAUGCCUACUUGUCGUAUUUACCGCUGGCACACAUAUAUGAACGCACUGCCUAUCUACUUGUAUUAUCUGGUGGAGCCAGAAUUGGAUUUUAUCGUGGAGAUCCAAAACUACUGUUGGAAGAUAUACAGGCAUUAAAAUUGUAGAAGGCUAUGGUCAGACGGAAUGUUCGACAGCUUGUUGUCUCCAGUCCCCUCAAGACCUGACGGCAGGUCACGUGGGACCACCGAUGGCAUGUAAUUGGAUAAAGCUGUUCGAUGUYCCAGAGAAGAACUACUAUGCCAAGGACGGCAAAGGGGAGAUUGCAAUCAAGGGUCCUAAUGUUUUCAAAGGGUAUUUAAAAGAUCCAGAAAAGACGGCCGAAACUAUCGACAAAGAUGGCUGGCUACACACGGGUGAUGUCGGUGAAUUGCUAGAAAAUGGCACAUUCAAAAUCAUCGAUCGCAGCAAACAUAUUUUCAAGCUCUCACAGGGAGAAUACGUAGCUCCAGAGAAAAUUGAACUGGUUUGUGUACGAAGUCUUUAUGUCGAGCAGAUCUUCAUCCACGGAGAGGGAUUAAAGUCAUACGUUGUUGCAAUAGUCGUACCAGAUGACGAAGCGCUGCAACAAUUGGCCAAAAAAGAAAACAUUGCAGGAAACAGAGCUGCUCUUUGCAGGAAUGAGGUAAUCAACGGUAUAAUUUUUAAUGAUAUUAUACAGAAGUGCAAAGAGGGUCAAUUGGCAUCAUUUGAAAAGCCAAAAGGAAUCUAUUUGCAAGACGAGCCGCUCAGCGUUGACAAUGGACUACUCACUCCCACCUUCAAGGCAAAAAGACCUUCCAUUCUCAAACACUUCCGUCAGCAAAUCGACGACCUCUAUCAAAAGGUGGACAUUGACCAAAAGUUCCAUCGCUCGGCCAGCGAAAUGAGCAUUAAACUUGAAAUCGACUCGUCAAAGUUGAAUGGGAAUCAAUGAAAAAAUAUCGAAUGGGAAAUGCUCAAUCUCUACUGAUAAUGUUUCCAUAAUCUAGAAUGCACAAUAUCUUUACAGUAUACAUAUGCUCUCAUCUAUCAAAGCUUAAUAAAUGCGUUYAAAAUUAUAAUCGAGAAGUCUGUCCUUGGCUUUUUGUAUUGAAUUUCUAAAUCAUGCAAAAUGUUGUUUACAACGGACAAAUUGUAAAAUACUUCAAAUUUAACAAGAAAUAAAACACAUUUGUAUUUUUGCGUAA